GUGGGUGCAGGUGCUACAGGCCUUGGUGGUGGUCUCCCACAUGCUUCCGCUGCAGCUAUGCUGGCUGCCACUGGUGGCCAAACUGCUGGUGGGGCAACCGCUGGACCUGCGGGUGAUGCUGCUCAACAAGCUGCUGCCGCCAUGGUAGCUGCUGGAAUGAUACGAGGUGUUCCAGGCAGGGUCGGAAUGGGUAUUUUGGGCCCGACAACGACCACUCAGGUCUCAGUUCAGAAUAAGAUGAUUGGUGCAAUUAUGGGCAGGGGAGGAUGCCGAAUAAAUCAGGUCCGGCAGGAAUCUGGGGCUGAUAUCAAAAUAAGCAAGCAAGAACCUGGUGUCGAGGAUCGCAUCAUUACCAUUACGGGUACGCCAGAUCAGAUCCAUAAUGCACAGUUCUUAAUGCAGGUUUGUGUAAAACGAUAUGGUGACCAGACCGGAGUCUAA